AUGCCAAAGAAUUUACCUUCUGGAAUUAUUGUAUUGAUGCAUUCAAAAGGAUGGAUAGAUGAAUCUGAAAUGAAAACCUGGUUUGAUAAGGUUUGGAGAAAAAGACUGGGAGGAAAUAGAAUCAAUAAACAAAGAUCCCUUCUUGUUAUGGAUAGUUUUGAAG